GCAGAGCUGGAUUGCAAAGAGGCACCAGGGAACUUUGGGCAUGCCCAUCACCUUAGUGGCAAGGAGCUCCUGCAUGCACACACAUGUCAAAAUACAUUCUAAACAUGGAGCUUGCUGUGAGCCAAAUAUAUCUCAAGAAAGCUACUGUAAAAUGCAUGUAAUGAGCACCUUAUGCCACAUUCUGUGCUGGUCUGUGUUAGAAAACUGUAAAUGCACUUCCCCUCUCGUCUCUACAAUAAAGCUAUCAGUUUGGUGCCCGUGAUUGAUUGCUCCCUGCUAGUGAAACAACACUGAGCUUUGGACAGGUUGUCACCAGCCACUGCUUGGUUAAAGAGGGUGCUAUUCGGUGUCAACUGAAUUUGCAUUGACGAGACAGCACCAGGAGUCCACCUCGCGUUCACUGUGGAGCUCCUUAGGCAUGUGGAAGCAGUUCAAAGGCUCAUGCCAACUUCACAGAUCUACCCACUGAGUUUGGCGAAGAGCCGACCUGUCCUGGACUCAGCAUAACUAGCGAAGCUGCUGCAGAAUGAGAAGAUGGCAGCGCGGCUGCUCGCACCGCCAGGCCCCGACAGUUUCAAGCCUUUCACCCCCGAGUCGCUGGCAAACAUCGAGAGGCGCAUCGCAGAGAGCAAGCUCAAGAAACCACCCAAGGCGGAUGGCAGCCACCGGGAGGACGAUGAAGACAGCAAGCCCAAGCCAAACAGUGACCUGGAGGCGGGGAAGAGUUUGCCUUUCAUCUACGGGGACAUCCCGCAAGGCCUGGUUGCGGUUCCCCUGGAGGACUUUGACCCGUACUAUUUGACGCAGAAAACUUUUGUAGUAUUAAACAGAGGGAAAACUCUCUUCAGAUUUAGUGCCACUCCUGCCUUGUACAUUUUAAGUCCUUUUAACCUGAUAAGAAGAAUAGCUAUUAAAAUUUUGAUACAUUCAGUCUUCAGCAUGAUCAUCAUGUGCACCAUCCUGACCAACUGUGUAUUCAUGACUUUUAGUAACCCUCCCGAAUGGUCCAAGAAUGUGGAGUACACAUUCACAGGGAUUUACACAUUUGAAUCACUAGUGAAAAUCAUCGCAAGAGGUUUCUGCAUAGACGGCUUCACCUUCUUACGAGACCCAUGGAACUGGCUAGACUUCAGUGUCAUCAUGAUGGCAUAUGUGACAGAGUUUGUGGACCUGGGCAAUGUCUCAGCGCUGAGAACAUUCAGGGUUCUCCGAGCUUUGAAAACUAUCUCUGUAAUUCCAGGCCUGAAGACAAUUGUGGGCGCCCUCAUCCAGUCUGUGAAGAAGCUGUCAGACGUGAUGAUCCUGACAGUGUUCUGCCUGAGUGUUUUCGCCCUGAUUGGCCUGCAGCUCUUCAUGGGGAACCUUCGAAACAAGUGUGUCAUAUGGCCCAUAAACUUCAACGAGAGCUAUCUCGAGAACGGCACCAGAGGCUUUGACUGGGAGGAGUAUAUCAACAAUAAAACAAACUUUUACACGAUCCCUGGCAUGCUAGAACCCUUGCUCUGCGGGAACAGUUCUGACGCUGGGCAAUGCCCAGAGGGAUACCAGUGCAUGAAGGCAGGAAGAAAUCCCAACUAUGGCUACACCAGCUUCGACACCUUCAGCUGGGCCUUCUUGGCAUUAUUUCGCCUUAUGACUCAGGACUAUUGGGAGAAUUUAUACCAGCUGACCUUACGAGCAGCCGGAAAGACGUACAUGAUCUUCUUUGUCUUGGUCAUCUUCGUGGGUUCUUUCUAUUUGGUGAACUUGAUCUUGGCUGUGGUGGCCAUGGCUUACGAAGAGCAGAACCAGGCAACGCUGGAGGAGGCAGAGCAGAAAGAGGCCGAGUUCAAGGCGAUGCUGGAGCAGCUCAAGAAGCAGCAGGAGGAGGCGCAGGCUGCUGCAAUGGCCACUUCGGCGGGCACUGUCUCAGAAGAUGCCAUUGAAGAAGAAGGGGAAGAUGGGGUAGGCUCUCCGAGGAGCUCAUCUGAACUGUCCAAACUCAGUUCCAAGAGCGCAAAGGAGCGGCGGAACCGCCGGAAGAAGAGGAAGCAGAAGGAGCUCUCUGAAGGCGGGGAGAAGGGGGACCCCGAGAAGGUGUUUAAGUCAGAGUCGGAAGAUGGCAUGAGAAGGAAGACCUUCCGGCUGCCAGACAACAGGAUAGGGAGGAAGUUUUCCAUCAUGAAUCAGUCGCUGCUCAGCAUCCCAGGCUCGCCCUUCCUCUCCCGACACAACAGCAAAAGCAGUAUCUUCAGCUUCCGGGGCCCCGGGCGGUUCCGGGACCCCGGCUCGGAGAACGAGUUCGCAGACGACGAGCACAGCACAGUGGAGGAGAGCGAGGGCCGGCGCGACUCGCUCUUUAUCCCGAUCCGCGCCCGCGAGCGCCGCAGCAGCUACAGCGGCUACAGCGGCUACAGCCAGUGCAGCCGCUCGUCGCGCAUCUUCCCCAGCCUGCGGCGCAGCGUGAAGCGCAACAGCACCGUGGACUGCAACGGCGUGGUGUCGCUCAUCGGGCCUGGCUCGCACAUCGGGCGGCUCCUGCCUGAGGCAACAACUGAGGUGGAGAUUAAGAAGAAAGGCCCUGGAUCUCUCUUAGUUUCCAUGGACCAACUCGCCUCUUAUGGACGGAAGGACAGAAUCAACAGUAUAAUGAGUGUUGUCACAAACACACUAGUGGAAGAACUGGAAGAGUCUCAGAGAAAGUGCCCACCAUGCUGGUACAAGUUUGCCAACACUUUCCUCAUCUGGGAGUGUCACCCUUACUGGAUAAAACUGAAGGAGAUCGUGAACUUGAUCGUCAUGGACCCUUUCGUAGACUUAGCCAUAACAAUCUGCAUUGUUCUCAAUACACUAUUUAUGGCAAUGGAGCACCAUCCCAUGACACCACAAUUCGAACACGUCUUGGCCGUAGGAAACCUGGUAUUCACUGGGAUCUUCACGGCGGAAAUGUUCCUGAAGCUCAUAGCCAUGGAUCCCUACUAUUAUUUCCAAGAAGGCUGGAACAUUUUUGACGGAUUUAUUGUCUCCCUCAGUUUAAUGGAGCUGGGUCUUGCAGACGUGGAGGGGCUUUCAGUGCUGCGGUCUUUCCGACUGCUCCGAGUCUUCAAAUUGGCCAAGUCCUGGCCCACCCUGAACAUGCUAAUUAAGAUCAUUGGGAACUCUGUUGGCGCCCUGGGCAACCUGACUCUGGUGUUGGCCAUCAUUGUCUUCAUCUUUGCCGUGGUGGGGAUGCAGCUCUUUGGAAAGAGCUACAAGGAGUGUGUCUGUAAGAUCAACCAGGAUUGCAAGCUCCCACGCUGGCACAUGAAUGACUUCUUCCACUCCUUCCUCAUCGUCUUCCGGGUGCUAUGUGGGGAGUGGAUCGAGACCAUGUGGGACUGCAUGGAGGUGGCCGGCCAGGCCAUGUGCCUCAUUGUCUUCAUGAUGGUCAUGGUCAUUGGCAACCUGGUGGUGCUGAAUCUGUUUCUGGCCUUGCUUCUGAGCUCCUUCAGCGCAGACAACCUGGCGGCCACAGAUGACGACGGGGAAAUGAACAACCUCCAGAUCUCCGUGAUCCGGAUCAAGAAGGGCGUGGCCUGGGCCAAAGUGAAGGUGCAUGCCUUCAUGCAGGCGCACUUCAAGCAACGGGAGGCGGAUGAGGUGAAACCUCUGGAUGAGCUGUAUGAGAAGAAGGCCAACUGCAUCGCCAACCACACUGGUGUGGAUAUUCACAGGAACGGCGAUUUCCAGAAAAACGGGAACGGAACCACCAGCGGCAUCGGCAGCAGCGUGGAGAAGUACAUCAUCGAUGAGGACCACAUGUCCUUCAUUAACAACCCAAACCUGACCGUCCGGGUGCCCAUUGCUGUGGGCGAGUCUGAUUUUGAGAACCUCAACACAGAGGAUGUUAGCAGCGAGUCAGACCCCGAAGGCAGCAAAGAUAAACUGGAUGAUACCAGCUCCUCAGAAGGAAGUACCAUCGACAUCAAGCCUGAAGUGGAAGAAGCCCCAGUGGAGCAGCCUGAGGAAUACUUGGAUCCAGAUGCCUGCUUCACAGAAGGUUGUGUCCAGCGGUUCAAGUGCUGCCAGGUCAACAUCGAGGAAGGACUAGGCAAGUCGUGGUGGAUCCUGCGGAAAACCUGCUUCCUCAUUGUGGAGCACAAUUGGUUUGAGACCUUCAUCAUCUUCAUGAUUCUCCUCAGCAGUGGCGCCCUGGCCUUUGAGGACAUCUACAUUGAGCAGAGGAAAACCAUCCGUACCAUCCUGGAGUACGCGGACAAGGUCUUCACCUACAUCUUCAUCCUGGAGAUGUUGCUCAAAUGGACAGCCUACGGCUUCGUCAAGUUCUUCACCAAUGCCUGGUGCUGGCUGGACUUCCUAAUUGUGGCUGUGGUGGUGAACGCCUUGGUGGGCGCCAUCCCCUCCAUCAUGAACGUGCUGCUGGUGUGUCUCAUCUUCUGGCUGAUUUUCAGCAUUAUGGGAGUUAACCUGUUUGCGGGGAAAUACCACUACUGCUUUAACGAGACUUCUGAAGUCCGGUUCGAAAUCGAAGAUGUCAACAAUAAAACCGACUGUGAGAAGCUCAUGGAGGGCAACAACACAGAGAUCCGAUGGAAGAACGUCAAGAUCAACUUCGACAAUGUCGGAGCAGGCUACCUGGCCCUUCUUCAAGUGGCAACCUUCAAAGGCUGGAUGGACAUCAUGUAUGCAGCUGUGGAUUCCCGAAAGCCGGACGAGCAGCCAGAUUAUGAGGGCAACAUCUACAUGUACAUCUACUUCGUCAUCUUCAUCAUCUUCGGCUCCUUCUUCACCCUCAACCUGUUCAUCGGUGUCAUCAUUGACAACUUCAACCAGCAGAAGAAAAAGUUUGGAGGUCAGGACAUCUUCAUGACAGAGGAACAGAAGAAGUACUACAACGCCAUGAAGAAGCUGGGCUCCAAGAAGCCACAGAAGCCCAUCCCCCGACCCCUGAACAAAAUCCAAGGGAUUGUCUUUGACUUCGUCACGCAACAAGCCUUCGACAUUGUGAUCAUGAUGCUCAUCUGCCUUAACAUGGUGACAAUGAUGGUGGAGACAGAUACUCAGAGCAAGCAGAUGGAGAACAUUCUUUACUGGAUUAAUCUGGUCUUCGUCAUCUUCUUCACCUGCGAGUGUGUGCUCAAAAUGUUUGCCUUGAGACACUACUAUUUCACCAUCGGCUGGAACAUCUUUGACUUUGUGGUGGUCAUCCUCUCCAUUGUGGGGAUGUUCCUGGCUGAUAUCAUUGAGAAGUACUUCGUCUCACCAACCCUAUUCCGUGUCAUCCGAUUGGCCCGCAUCGGGCGCAUCUUGCGACUGAUCAAGGGCGCCAAAGGGAUCCGUACCCUGCUCUUUGCCUUAAUGAUGUCUCUGCCCGCCCUGUUCAACAUCGGCCUCCUGCUCUUCCUGGUCAUGUUCAUCUUCUCCAUCUUUGGGAUGUCCAACUUCGCAUACGUGAAGCACGAGGCCGGCAUUGAUGACAUGUUCAACUUCGAGACGUUUGGCAACAGCAUGAUCUGCCUGUUCCAAAUCACAACCUCUGCUGGGUGGGACGGCCUACUGCUGCCCAUCCUGAACCGCCCCCCCGACUGCAGCUUAGACAAGGAGCACCCAGGAAGUGGCUUCAAGGGGGACUGUGGGAACCCCUCAGUGGGCAUCUUCUUCUUCGUCAGCUACAUCAUCAUCUCCUUCCUCAUCGUGGUGAACAUGUACAUCGCCAUCAUCCUGGAGAACUUCAGUGUGGCCACGGAGGAGAGUGCCGAUCCUCUGAGCGAGGACGACUUCGAGACUUUCUAUGAGAUCUGGGAGAAGUUCGACCCCGACGCCACCCAGUUCAUUGAGUACUGUAAGCUGGCCGACUUUGCCGACGCCCUGGAGCAUCCGCUCCGAGUACCCAAGCCCAAUACCAUCGAGCUCAUUGCCAUGGACCUGCCCAUGGUGAGCGGAGAUCGCAUCCACUGCUUGGACAUCCUUUUUGCCUUCACCAAGCGAGUCCUGGGAGACAGUGGGGAAUUGGACAUCCUGCGGCAGCAGAUGGAAGAGCGGUUCGUGGCAUCCAAUCCUUCCAAAGUGUCUUACGAGCCUAUCACAACCACUCUGAGGCGCAAGCAGGAGGAGGUGUCUGCAGUGGUCCUGCAGCGUGCCUACAGGGGACACUUGGCUAGGCGCGGCUUCAUCUGCAGAAAGAUCACUUCCAACAAGCUGGAGAAUGGAGGCACGCACCGGGAGAAGAAGGAGAGCACCCCGUCCACGGCCUCCCUCCCCUCUUACGACAGCGUAACAAAGCCUGACAAGGAGAAGCAGCAGCGUGUGGGGGAAGGCAGAAGGGAGAGAGCCAAGAGGCAAAAAGAGGUCAGGGAGUCCAAGUGCUAGAGGAGGGACAAGGGAAGCUUACGCUGGCUGAUCACAGGCAAGGGAAAGCUUGUUUACAAACUUCCAAAUCUCACGGAUACAGAGCAGCUGCGGAGAUGCUGUACCGGAAGACCUAUACCAAACAUAGUCUGCUUACAUGUGACAUGGUUGCCUCCUGAGCAGUGACCUGCUGGGGACAAAGGACCCUGCUCCCUGGACUCACAGAUUUUCUAUCGCUUGGGCAGACGUUACUGCAUGCUCCACACUUGGUCAAUGCAACUUAGGAGUAAACUAACAGGAUACAAACAGAGGCGGCUGCCAGGACCAGCAGAUCGCCACUGCAGCCAAAUGGAUUCUAUUUUUUCAUUUUGUUGAUUCUCAGAAGCAGAAAGCAUCACUUUAAAAGUUUGUUUGUUCUUGCAAACAAUAUUUGCAUUCUUACAUUAGUUAAGCUAAGCAGCAAAAAGAAACACACACACACACACAUACAGACACACAAAGACACACACACACACACACAUUCAGCCUAUGUCACUAAUCGUCUUUCUUUAACAUAACUGCAUCUUCUCCACACGGGUGGCGCGUGGUUUGGAGACGGUGGGGGAAACAAUCAGGGUUUCAGGCUGAGGAGGACUUGCUCAGGCCAGUUCCAAAUAUUGUGCUCGUUCAAUGCGUAGAAACGACUUGCAUGAUGGCAUGCUGUGUUCAGAAGUCAUGCAUGAGAUCCAUACACCACAAGACACUAGUGAUCCUGUCCCCCGCAUUGGCUCGGCCUUCGGACAGGACCCAGCCCUGCACCGUUCACUGUAUUUGGAGGAAUGGUAGGAGUUCCACACCGGCUGUAGUCCUCUCAGUGUUCAGACACCUCUGGGUAGGGAGACAUAAUUAACCAAUUGACCACCACCAACAAAAAGAACCCAACCAAACAAGCAGAUGGAUCCGCUGCGUGUACACGUUUGACAGACAUCUCUAACAUACAGCCAUUGUCACACAUUUUGCUGCUCUGUUCAAUUCAUGGGGAGACUCUGGCCCCGAAUGGCUUGUACUAUUAAUGUCACUGUAAAACCAAAUCCUAGGGCUAAAAAAAAAAUAAUAAUACUAAUAGAAAAAGAGUUCAUUUGUAUCUUGCAAUAUCCUGAUGAUUGCUCAGCCUUCAUACUGGAGAACUGACACCUGGGGUAGAGAUAAAAAUGCUAUUUAUUGUAGCAUGUUACCUCUAGGGGGCCUUUGGGGGACUUACAGAGCCUUGUGGGGGGGUUGGGGUGCUUACUGCAUUCAGUGUCAUGUCUGUCUGCUUUUCUCCAGGCUCAGGUAGAUAUUGGAAAGGGGUUCAGACAUUCUGAACUGCCCUGUCCUACAGAGGGGUUGUCCCAGCUCCUGGCUGCAUGGUUCUUCCAGCUUCUGCCAUAUCCCUCCAGCCGGCAGGGCUCCCCUUCCCAGCUGCUCAGGGCUGGCCAGGACAGCAGUGUUGUCUGGGAUAUGGCUGUGGGCUCUUCCAUUUGAGAUUAGAAUAACCGUCUCUAACAGGACCUGAUGGCGAGAUGGAACUGCCUCUGGAUGGAGCCCACUUGCUCUUGUUGCUACGAUGGCUUUUGUGGGAAAGGAACUCAGUAGUAAUUCUUUAGGGUGUUGCAGCUUCCCCCGGCCUUUCCUUUCAGCCCGCCUUGCUUUCAGCUUAGUGGCCUGGCCACUGUUGUUGGGGGAUGGCUUCCAGAGGGGCGUCGUAUCUUCCAUUCCAUCCCCCCGCUUUACAGAAGGCAGUUGCAGUUCUUAGUCCAGGGUGUCUCAAAGCCAAGACGCUGCACUUGGAUGCCAGAAAGUCUCUGUGAACCAAAUCAACACAAACCUUCCUGAGCAUAGCGUAGAGGGAGGCAAGCAGCCCGUCAGUAGACACAUCAGAUGCACCAGUCUGCCUUGCAGUCUGCCUUGCAGUAGAAGCACUUGGGAUGUAACCUCACAAUCCACCUGACUAGUUUUGCAUAGAACAAACCACAGCCAGUCAGUGAGCAGAGCUUUCUGUCUUCAGGACCGGUAGACACUGUCCAGCUCUCCCAGCCCAGGGAGUGUGUGCAUGUCACCGCAGCCAGGGCAAGUCUAGAGCGCCACCUGCAGGCAACAUCGCAAACAGCACAAAACAGGAGCUGACCUGUGGUUAUUCUUUUUAAGAGAAUUAUAAAUACUGUAAUAUAUAAUUUUAUUUUAUUGGCAUGCCUUUUUGUAAAUACAAAUUACUAACUUAUUAAAUAGGAAAUGGCUUCUGGCUUAUGCCAUUGUCAUGGUUAUUUUUAUUUUUUAUACUUUCCUUUCUUCUUAGAACUUAGAAGCUGUCAGCCAAUGUAUACCCCUAACCAGACAGACAGACAAAAAAUUUUUUAUUGCUAAUGGUCUUUUCCAAAACAACAAAAAAUAUAUAUAUUUUUGUUCCAAUGUGCAAUAAAUUCUAACCACUUCUAUGCAAGAUUUGGCUAAACUCAAUCAUUGUUCUUAGAUCUUGAGAUGGGCAACAGCUAUCUGAUCCUGCUAGGAACACUAAGCGCCAUGCUAAUAACGUUAAGCUAUUAGAUCUGACCGUCCUCCCCCAGCUCCUGACCCAGCCCAGCAGGCUGUGCCUCACUCAGUUUCUCACACCCUCCAACAGCCUCGCAGGCAAGAAGCCACCUCCAACUCCGCUUGCUCUAACUCACUCCGAUUAGACCUCUCCCAGCAAUGCCCCUCACCCUCCAUCCCUCCACCCGGCCACUCCCUGCCCGCCUCACUCUCUCUCCAUCCUGCUCCAUGCUCCUUUCUUGUGAACCACACCAUCACCAGCACUUCACACCCGCAGUUAACAGGCAUUGAACCUUAAAGAAUCAGCUAUGGCAGUUUUUGGUUGGUUUGGUUUUGUUUUGCGUCCUCAUUGCGUGAGCAAGUGGCAGCGCUUUGCCAAAUAUUCAUGAAGCUUGUCAAAGAGCAGCAGCAGCCAGUACUACUGCACAUAUAUAUAUAGAUAUAUAAAUAUAAUAUAAAUAUUUAUUUUUUGUAGCCGGGUCCUUGGUGCAGUAUUUAUAUUCCACGAUCCUCCUUUAAAAAUAAUAAUAAAAAAAGGACAAAAAAGCAAAAAGUCAUGUGAUGCUGUUCAUUUAAAAGUGCAGAGCCAAAGUCCACCCCAGCAGUAGUUGCCAUGACGACUGGUUGUGUGAAAACACCCCCGUCUUCCUUAACUUCCCUGUGGCUUAGGGUGAGAGGCUGGGAGUCACAGGUCAGAAGGUGGGGGCAGGAGAACCUUCCUAAGUCCAAGUGGUCUGCUCUCACAGGCUGGAAAUGAGCCACUUGGACAUCUGAAGCUGCGGGCAGAAAGAUAAUCUCCCCAUCAGGGCCCCUGGAGCUACUACAUAGAGUGAGUGCCCAAAGGGCUUCUCUCAUUUUAUCACCACAACCUACGUAAACUGUAAAAGACCAAUAGUGUGUUAGUGAGCGCACAGAGCCCAAGGCUGCUCUAAACGACACGUGAUCUUUAGAAAAGUAAAUCACUAUGAGCCAAGAGGAAAAUAAAAACGGCCCCAUUUACCAUACAGGGGAAGCCUGUCUUGCUGUGUGUCUGCAUUUGACUUUCCAGUUCUUGAGUUCUGGAAGGUGUCUGGGAGCUGGGGACCCUGGAGCUUUGGGGAAGGAGAAGGCGAACUAGAGCCUCCCAAUUCUACGUAGGUACUGAAGGGAAAAGCCAGGUCCUGACCCCCCAGGUCCCUGCUUGCUGAUUGCAUGUGUCAUUGCCCCUUAGGCUGGGCCCCUCCCUCACUGGUCCCACCCAGCAGAGCCCCCAGAGAUGACUUCAACCAACCCAGCUGGUCUGGCCUUACUUCUGCCUUGUUCAUGGACAUGAUUUAAGAAAGGAAAAAAACCUCUCCCCACGCCCCAAGGCUAGUGCAAGCACGCUGCCCGGCAGCUUCCCUCCACCAGCUGGGCCCUUCCUUCCAUCCACCCCCACUGGCAGACUGGGGCUAUCCCUUUCACAUUUGUGCAGGGGAGGGGGCACCCCUCGGGGACAUCCCUCUCCGGGCCAUGUCUCCUGGUCUAGGAACACUCAGGCGGAUCUUGAAGUGCUCACUCUAGUCUACUCUAGUAGCUGAACUGGAGAGUCGGCUGGUAGGUCAGUCCUUGUCCUUGUCCCUCAGCCCCAGCCUCCAGGCCUUCUGUGGAGGUGACAUUGCCAUGGGUCAGGACUUGGUGGCCUGAGUCCUGGGCAUCUUCUGAAACGAUGCCUCUUUCUUUUCUCAGAUGUUGCCCAAAGUUUUGCAAAAAGCUUCGUUCAUUUUCAGGUACUCCCCCGCCCCCUAAAGAAUUCGCUGCCGUCAGUCAGCCAGGGGGGUCAGGAGACGAGGAAGUCUGGGUUCAGAGGUCAGGACUUGCACUCCAGCCUGUGCUUCUUGCCUCUUCUCGAGACUGCCAAGAUUUCCUCCAUUAAAACACUCCUGAGGCACCCCUGCCCCUGACCCCACUGCUGUUUGCUGUACAUAGAGGCUAAGUGGGGUGAAGUGGGCAGGUGUGUACAUGUAUGUGUGUGUGUGUGUGAAGAAUGUACAUAGGUAAAGGGGAGCGUGGUCCAGUGGUUCCAGAAGAGGGAUAGAACUGUGUUCCAUCCCUAGCUUGACCACUGACUCGCUGUGUGGCCUUGGGCAAGUCACUUAACCUCUCUGUGCCUCAGUUUCCCCAUCUGUAAAAUGGGGGUAAUAAUACUGACCUACCUCACAGGGGUGUUGUGAGGCUUUAACUAGAUGUUUUGUAAAGCGUUCUGAGAUACAGAGACUAAGGCGCCAGGGAAGGGCAAAGUAUUCUUUGGACUUAGGAAGAGGAGUUAGCACCAUAAACGCUGCUAUUCUGAGAGCCAUUUUAAACUGCACUGCUCCACCCCCCCGCUUCUCAUCACCAGGACAGCAGGUCGAGAAAUGUCUUUCCUUGCACUUGCUUCUGGGGUUUGUGAUUCUUCUGAUUUUUCCCCUUGCUGUAUCCCCUUCCUUACCCCUCCACUCGUUCCCUGUUCUGUUUAUGCGGAAAUGGCAGAAAUGCUUGAGAAAUGAGAAUGUGUAAGUGGAUUGGAAGUUUAUAGUCUGGAUUUUCAAUUUUACUUUGUACUGUACAUCUUUUUACUUUAGAAUUUGCAAUAAAGGGUUACGUCAAUCUUGUUUUCAACUCUC